AUGUUGGGUGCUCGUAGAAAUUUGAGGUUCCCAGUGUCCGUGUCAAGGAGAUUGUUGGCUACACAAAGUGACGCUUCCUUAUCUGUCCCAUCAGAGUAUCAAGCAAGAUGUCCACCUUACGCCAAGUUGAUUAACACCUUGGGUCAAGUCAGAGAGGUCACUGGCAAUAAGCCAUUGACCUUGGCUGAAAAGAUCUUGUACUCACAUUUGGUCGAUCCAGUGGAGUCAUUGGGUUCUGCUAAUGGUGAUCUCUCCAAGAUUAGAGGCCAACAGUAUUUGAAGUUGAACCCUGACCGUGUGGCCAUGCAAGAUGCUUCAGCUCAAACUGCGCUUCUACAGUUCAUGACUACGCAAAUGCCCAGUACCUGUGUCCCUGCUUCGAUUCAUUGUGACCAUUUGAUUGUGGGCAAGGACGGAGCUGACCAGGACUUGACAUCAUCGAUCGCUACUAACAAGGAGGUCUUUGACUUCUUGCAGAGCUGUGGUGAGAAGUACGGUAUCCAAUUCUGGGGUCCAGGUUCCGGUAUUAUUCAUCAGAUCGUUUUGGAGAACUUCUCUGUUCCUGGUUUGAUGAUGUUGGGUACUGACUCCCAUACUCCAAAUGCUGGUGGUUUGGGUGCUAUUGCCAUCGGAGUCGGAGGUGCUGACGCUGUCGAUGCCUUGACCGGUACUCCAUGGGAAUUGAAGGCUCCUAAGAUUUUGGGUGUGAAGUUGGUCGGUGAGUUGAGCGGAUGGUCGUCUCCAAAGGAUGUCAUUACAUACUUGGCUGGAUUGUUGACCGUCCGUGGUGGAACUGGCCACAUUAUUGAGUAUUUUGGUGAAGGUGUCAAGUCUUUGUCCUGUACCGGUAUGGCCACCAUUUGUAACAUGGGUGCCGAAGUCGGUGCUACCACUUCCACAUUCCCUUACCAAGACGCUCACCGCAGAUACUUGCAACAAACAAACAGAGGCCCAAUUGCUGACGCUGCUGAUGUUGCAUUGAACAAAUACAACUUUUUGAAAGCCGAUGAGGGAGCUGACUAUGACCAGAUCAUUGAGAUUAACUUGAACACCUUGGAGCCUCAUGUAAAUGGUCCGUUCACUCCAGACUUGUCAACUCCAAUCUCUGUCUUCGGCAAGACCGCUCAGACAGAAAAGUGGCCUUCUACUGUCAGUGCUGGUUUGAUCGGUUCUUGUACAAACUCCUCUUAUCAAGACAUGUCUCGUGCUGCUUCGAUCAUUCGUCAAGCUGAAAACGCAGGUAUUAAACCAAAGAUCCCAUUCUUUGUGACCCCUGGAUCAGAAAAAAUCAGAGCUACUAUUGAGAGAGACGGUUUGAUUGAUCUUUUUGAACGUAAUGGUGCUAUUGUCUUGGCAAACGCUUGUGGUCCUUGCAUUGGACAAUGGGAUAGAACUGACGUUUCGAAGACCUCAACAGAGUCUAACGCUAUUUUCACUUCUUUUAACAGAAACUUCCGUGCUAGAAACGACGGUAACAGAAACACUAUGAACUUUUUGACUUCCCCUGAUAUUGUCACUGCCAUGAUUUAUUCAGGAGACAUGAACUACAAUCCAAUUACGGAUUCCAUCAAGACUGAAAGUGGAGAUUUCAAAUUCACACCUCCCAAGGGUGAUGAAUUGCCAGGUUCCGGCUUUAUUGAUGGACGUGCUGAGUUCUACCCUGAUCCUAACCCAAAACCAAACGCUGAAGUUGAGAUCAACGUCUCACCUUCUUCUGAUAGAUUGCAGAUUUUGGAGCCAUUUGCUCCAUGGUCUGGAGAGGAAUUGGACACCACCGUUUUGUUGAAGGUUGAAGGUAAAUGUACAACCGAUCACAUUUCCGCUGCUGGUGUUUGGUUGAAGUACAAGGGUCAUUUGGAAAACAUCUCGUACAACACUUUAAUUGGAGCUGUAAACAAGGAGACUGGGGAGGUCAACAAAGCAUAUGACUUGGAUGGAUCAGCCCAUUCGAUUCCUGAGUUGAUGUUUAAGUGGAAGCUGGAGCAAAGACCAUGGAUUGUCGUUGCUGAACACAACUACGGUGAAGGAUCCGCUAGAGAGCAUGCAGCUAUGUCUCCAAGAUUCACAGGAGGAUCAAUCAUCCUUGUGAAAUCUUUCGCCAGAAUUCACGAGACCAACUUGAAAAAGCAAGGUAUGUUGCCAUUGACUUUUGCAGAUGAGGCUGAUUAUGAUAAGAUUUCUUCGGGAGACAAGAUCUCUACUGUCGACUUGCGUGACAUGAUCGCCAAGGACGGUAACAACGGUGGUCACUUGAAAUUGAAGGUCACCAAAAAGGAUGGAUCUGAGUUUGAUCUCUUGUGUAAGCACACCAUGUCCAAAGACCAAAUUGACUUCUUCAAGGCUGGUUCCGCCAUUAAUUACAUCGGUAAUUUGAGAAAGGCUGAAAUGUCUUCUUAG